CCCCUAUUACAUCUAAAACCCCAUUGACUGUAGAUGUAGUGGGACAUUCCUUUAUAUCUAGGAUUGAAAAGGGGGAUGCUCCUACUCUCAAGCAAGAAGAAAAAGAGAUAGGGGCUAGUUUUCACCUCCAUGGUUGGCUGGGGGCCACCGUAUUGAGAAUCUCAAACAAAGUUACAACACGAAUAUGGCAAACCCAGGCUAAGGUGGUAAUCUUACAGAUUGGGGAAAAUGACAUCCCCUUCCCCUCCAUCAUCUCCAAACCCCCCCCCCCCCCCCCCCCCCCGACUCCCUACCAGCUCAACUCGCCAGCGAUAUUGUGGACCUGGCGGCCAAUGUUUUGGCCUUCAACCCAUCGGUACAAACGGUAUACAUCGGGUCCCUUUAUCCGAGACACUGGAACCCCUCCAACAGACACCUUUAUGACCCUUCACUAGCCCUUACCUUUAAUGCAGUCAUUAUUGGGACCAACAUACAAUUGUUCCACAAAAUCAACCAGCUUCAUUCCCCCCAACUUCGGUUCUUUUUCCAUCCCUCUCUUUGGGAAGAGCCAGACUCAUUUACGCAACACCUUAUUGAUCCAGUCUACCUGAACACUUUUGGCGAGAAGGAACUGCAGUAUUCAUGGGUGGGGGUAGUGAAACAACAUCUACAUCUUUGAGUAAGUAAAAGAGCGGCACCUCUUAUAAUUGUGCCAGGGAGUCUAUAUUUACAAAGUUAUUUACGUUUAACAUUUUUCAUAUCUUUAGGCAUACAGUUCUUAAUAUAAAGCCUUUGUAGAUUUAUAUAUUGCAUCUUAUAUACACAUAAUGACAUAUUCAGUUUUAUGCAAUACGCAGUUACAGAUGGCCUCUUAGGCUCCAGCAGAUGUAAAAAAAAUUUAACUUUUCAGAAAACAUGGCAUACUCGGCUCCAGGACCAGACGGAACGUUACAUAUGCUAGCAGAUGCUGCAGCCUCCAGGCAGACUACCUCAUCAUCCAUGCCAGGUAUGCCUACAUUACCAACUUCCGUACCCCUCCUUCCUGCAUCAGCAUCUACUGCGGCAUUAGGCC